AAAUUAUACAUGUUCAGAUCCUCAUUUUCGAUAGUUUGGCUUGAUAAAACUCGUUCAUCUACUUAAUUUACGCUAGAUUUUGUUCAUUUUAUCAUAUUUCAGGUCCUAAACACGUGCAUGGAGGUUAGAAGUGAGUUUUGGGCCAUUGAAAGGUCAAAACGAGCAGAUUAGUGGAGGUUGUGUCAAAGUCACAGCCAUGACCAUGAAUAUUUGUCACCAAGUAACGACCAUAGCCGUGACAUGAGCAAAAGAAGCAGAUCGAUUUCCAAAGUUAUGGCCAGAGCGCACAAGUCACGACCAUGGUCGUCACUUCACACCUAGGCCGUGACUUGCACUUAAAUUAGAGAUGACUGCAUAUUUUUGUCGAUGUCAUGGGUUCUUGGAGCUAAAUUGGAGAUAUCCAUUACCAUUGGAGCUUGAAUAUCAACUUUAGAUGUAAAUAUUGAAGAUCUUAAGCCUUAUACUGCAUCCCCCCCCCCCCCCCCCUUAUGGAUUAGUACUCCUUCAUUUAUGUUUUGAUGCACCCUAGCCUUGUUUAGCUUGAUUGAAUGAUUGUAUGAGUACUUUAUCUUGAUAUUCUUGAGUUUAAAUCCAAUCUAUAAAUGUUUUGAUGUUCAAUUAUUCCUAUUAAGUAUUUAACUGAUUUUGCUAUUGACCUAUGAUACGAAUAGCUAAUUAGGUCAAUUAGAGCACCAUGGAUUGGAAGUAGGGGAUCAAUAACACGAGAUAGAGUCGAUCUGUUGCUUUGUAGUGUGUGAGGACCUCACUCAUUAGAGAGGGUCUAGUGCCGAACGCCUUGAUGAGUUGUAUUAGAGAAGUGUACGCCCCUCUAAGCAAUCGACUCAAGGUGACCUUGAUUGCUUGAAUAGAGAUUCAAGGUCUAGUCCACGACCCUCCGCAUUAUGAAUGAAGAAUGAAUCAAGUUAGAGAAUCGUCAAUUAGCGGUCCAGUUAGUGGCUAGGGGGAUUCAUCGCUUAACUAAGUUCCCAACUUGUUAUUAGUAGUUUAUACUUAGUGUAGCUGUAGUUUAGCUAAUUGAAUUUAAACCUUGUUUUGCUAGAUAACAAACAAAAGCAAAGUAAUAGUACACCUAGAGACCCGUGGAUUUGAUAUUUUAUUACUUACUUCCACUAUACUGCACCUGGGUGUUGGUUACGCUUGGCCUUCAAUAGGGAGUGUAGUUUAGAGUGAGUCAAGUAAUGAACAAGUGCUCACUGUUAAUAAAUGGUAUAAGAUCUAUAACUGAACCUUUUCCAAUAACUCCAGUUAUUAGGAUCAACUGGUUCUUGACAUGGUAUAUAUCAUAGCCUUCUGGGACCAAGAGGUCUUCUUUUCGAAAAUGAGUGACCCCAUUGGUAAGCAUAUGGUGUCUCAAGUCUAUGCAAAUUUCAAGCCCCAUAUGAGUAGGCGUGUUACUAAGUGGUAUCAAAUUCAUAAUUGAACCUCUUCCACAAACUUGAAUUACUAGUAUCAACUGUCUUGUAUGUUUUAUAGGUUUUAUGGUAUGUUUUAUGAAUUUUAUGGUGUGGUGAGGUUCUGAUACGUUUUAUAUGCUUUUAAGUAUGUUUAAUGAUAUUUGUGGUCCCGCAAUUACUGCGCAACACUCACGUGUCUCUUUCCUCCCAUUUCUAAUAAUGAAAAGUAUGUUCCUCCCUUUAUAAGUCGACAUUAGUUGUGGUCAACUCAUUAUAAUAAAAAAAUUAUCAAAACAGAAUAUUCACAUUGAUUGAACCUCGUAUUAACACUAUACCAAUAUAUUGAGUGUUAGCACCCAACCCAUUACAAUAAAAAAUUAUCAAAACAAAAUAUUCAUAUUGAUUGAACCUCGUAUUAAAUAUAUUGAGUGUUAGCACCCUAACCCUUCCUAACGAGCAAGCUUGAGCUUUAUCCAUUUCCACCUCCCCCAUUACCUUUAUGCAACAACAAAAAAAUCCACCAUAAAGGAUAAAUUUGUCCUCCCAUGAUAGAACAUUUUCAUUCAAUUAGAUAACAAAUCAAAUGAUCGAAAAACUUCUCAUAAAGGGGCGGUUGGGUAGUAGACAUGAUCCAUAGAUCAUAAUCUCUUGUUGAAGGAAUGAUUCGAAUUAGUGCCAAAGAAUCCAUACAAGAAAUCAAAAUUUUAUAACAUCUCUUUGUUUGAAACACGAGAGAGAGAUUAAUUAGCAAAAGGAGAUUAUGAAACGACUAUCACGAUCAUUGAGAUUAGUGAUUUCUUGGUUUUUUUGCUAAUAGAGAGAUAGUAGUUGGGAGGGGAAGAUGGCUCAAGAUAGGGUGCAUAACCAUUGGUUAUGCACCCAUUAAUAACCAAAUCUGGAUCCUUUAUUUAGAAAGUUCAGACCUAAGGAAGGAGAAUUAAAGACAAUUUUUAUUUUUUCUAGCUUUUUUAAUUGACUCAUAUCUUUUUUGUUUUAACUCGGUUUUUUUUUUUUUUUGCACAGAUGGAACGAGUUCAUCGUGCUCUACAAAAUGAGAUCAAUUUUCAAUAUUUUUUGAGAAAAAAAAAUUAUGGCCUCUCGGUACCAACUGCAUACCAUAUGGUAUCUUCUUCGUUUUUAAUUCGUUUUUGAAAAAGUUUGCACAGAAGGGACGAGUUCAUCAUGAUCUAUUGGAUCUACAAACUUCUGGGUGAACAAAUUACAUGACCAAAAAAUACUACAUAAUACCAUACAAUACCACCCUGGUACGGGGGUGGUAUUGUAUGGUAUCUUCUUCGUUUUUAAUUCGUUUUUGAAAACGUUGCACAGAAGGGACGAGUUCAUCAUGAUCUAUUGGAUCUACAAAUUUCUAGGUGAACAAAUUACAUGACCAAAAAAUACCACACAAUACCAUACAAUACCACCCUGGUACGGGGGUGGUAUUGUGUGGUAUACAAUGUUAAAAGUCGUAAAUGACAAUUAAUAUACUUCUACUAUCAUGUAUUCAACCAUCCUACAGUCUUGGUUUGUUCAUACCACCAUGGUACGUUUUUCAAACCAUAGGUAUGCUUUUAUUUCAAUACCAGUCAAUACCAUAUGGUAUAGACUGGUAAAAAAUGACUCAAUUUUUUUUUUGUUUGAAAAAUAUAUUAAAGUGGAUGUCAUUUUGAAGAGCACAAUUAAUCAGAUCUAACUGUGCAAAAAAAAAAAUUCGACUUAAAAUGAGUGAUAAAUCGUCCGUCAAAGAUUAAAGAGGGGAAAAUUAAAGGCUUUCCAGGAGAGAGAAUGCUGAUGUCAUGCUGAUGUGGACGGGUUACUCAUGGUUACUCACCAUAAGGUUACUGACCUGAUCCAUUCCCGGGGAAGAUGAGUCACCAAACUACAUAAUUAAUCAAUUAAUUAACAUGUUUAGAAAAAUAACACAUAAUUAGUACCCAUUUGUCAUCUAAUUUAAUUAAUUGAUGUUUUGGUCUCAUUUUGUGUAGCCCAACUUCAACAAGGAAACAUAAACAUAAUAUGAUAAUAUCUUUCAAUCUGCAACCACCAUACAUAAGACUCCACGUGGCUUCACACUGUCUCCUUCACAUUACUUGAACAAUUACAGCUAAUUAAUUAUUAAUUAAGAAAGAUAGUGCUUGUUGGUUACCAGUCUCUUUUCUUUUAUGGGUUCACCUCUUUCUUUUCUUCCUUCUAAUCUCCUUUUAAUUAUGUUCUUAACCAGUUCACAAUCCAAUCCAAUCCAAAAACUAAAUUUUCGUUAUCCCCACAAGCUUCAACUUUUUUCCUAGUUUAGGUGGCUCUUUCUCUCGCCUAGCCUUUCAUUAAUACCAUAAAUCCUGUCUUUGGCGUUUCUUUCUUUCCAGGAAACACACAAAGAUUUUGGAUUUGUUACUUAGGAGGGUUGGAGUAGGUAGCAAUUCUAGAGGUAGUUGGGAUGGGUUAUUAUAUGCAUAACAAUAUAAUUGAUAUGAGUCGAACGAUCCCUUAACUAUUAGGAUUAAUCGAACGAAUCACACUUUUACCACUUAACGAUUCCUGCUAUUAUUUAAUUAUUAUUAUAGUAUAGAAUAACCUUUUGUUAAGAGCUAACUACCCAAAAUUUAAAUUAUUCUAUUACAAAAUUUUCAUAUUGAAUUGCAUAUCCAAUUACUACAUCUAAACUAACGAGGGAGUAAUUUCUCGUUUAUACAAUCCCUGCAAACUCAAUAAGCAAAUAAACCCCUCUCUCGAUGUGCAAACACACACCACCAUAGUCACCACACAUCUACAGAAAGCAUCACAACAACAAUUUGAAUGUUGAAUGGUGAAUGUUGAACAACAAUUUAUUAGAUUUGAAUGGAUUUGUUCUGAGAUUGACCCAUGUACUAGUUAAAAAAAAAAAUUUGAUUUAAGAGAUAGACCAAGGUACACUUUGUGGGUUCAAAUUUGUCCACUUAACUCACAACACCAAGAUCUGUCUCUCUGUUUAAGCCCAUAUCUUAUUUUCUUCUCUAUUAGCUAGCUAUUAAACAAAGCAAUUCCCCUCCCAACUAAACCAAAACCAACCCUCCCUUUCCCCUUCAUUAAAACUAUAUACAUUUUUGGUGACGAUUUCGUAAUUUUUGAAUGGAACUUGACUGGUUGCCUAAUACUGCUAAUCCUACUGGGACUUCUGUAGCAACCUUCUCCUCCUUUGGCCAUCUUUCUUUCUUUCUUCCUACCUCCUUCCAUUUCCCCGCCGAAUACUAAUAAUUAUGUUCUUGUUCUCCAUCCAUCCAUUCAUUCCCUCCUUUCUUUCUUUUAUAUUUGCCACAUUGCCCACCUUCCAUUACUCUGCCCUAUUGCUGCUGCUGAGAGCUCAACAAUAUGGGAAGAUAAAAUUCUCUUCCCACCAUUGAAGCAAAGCAUUAAGCUUUUCACUUUCUUAACAUAUUCCCUCAAUCCCCUUCUUUUUAAACUUUUCCCUACCCUCCUUUUUUUCUCGUUUUCUGUUUCUGGGUUUCUGUGCUUUUUUUUCUUCCGAGAAGCAUUAAGCAUUGAGAUCUGCUUUCUCUGAAAAGAAAGGGGGAAAAAAAGAAGAAAAAAUGGGAAUCUUUCAGGGAAAUUGUACUACAAGCGCCUCCAACCAAAAGCAGAGUCCUCACAAUAGCGCUUGUUUUCUCUGCUCGACUAGCAAUUCCUUUUCUUCUGUUUCUACUACUACUUCUUCUCUGUCGUUUUCUUCACCUUCCAUGCUCGAGGAUCGUCACUGCAACUGCAACAGUAGGGGCAAUGAGAUCGAGACCUCAAGGACCCUUCUGACGAGGAUGGUGUGGCACUUCGGAUUGUCAUGUUUUCUCCCCAGCAGCAGCGAGCUUGAGAAGAAGAGUGGCGGAGGAGGAGGAGGAGAGAGGAGUAUGGUGAAUUCGGAGCACAACAAGGCUUGGCUUCUCGCCGAGUCAGGCGGCGGCGCCGAACUAACGAAUGCUGAGCCCCAUUCGGUCCACUCUUCCUUCCGGUUCAGUUUGUGCUCUCAGGUCGAGCUGGAAUCCAUGAACAUCAACUCCUCCGCCGCUUCUUCGGCCACGGUUCUGAUGGUGAAUCUGGACAGUGGGUUGAACGAUUCUCGGGGUAAGGAGCUGGGAUGGAGGCGAAUUCAGUCGCUGGAGAGGAGUAUUUCCCCUGCAGCUAAUUCCUUGAUUCGGUUCCACUACAGUGAGAUUCUCGCCGCCACAAGUAAUUUCUCCAAAGAUAAAGUUUUGGGAAGAGGAGCCUUGAGCUUUGUUUUCAGGGGAAGGGUUGGGUUUAUGAGGACUUGUGUGGCUAUCAAGAGGCUGGACAAAGAGGAUAAAGAGUCUUCAAAAGCAUUCUGUAGAGAGUUGAUGAUUGCAAGCUCUCUUCACCAUCAGAACAUUGUGCCUCUUGUGGGUUUCUGUAUUGAUCCACAGGAAGGAUUGUUCUUGGUCUACAAGUAUGUCUCUAGUGGCAGCUUGGAUCGCCAUUUGCAUGAGAAGAAGAAGAAGAGAGGAGUAAAUGGUAAUUCAACCCUUGCUUGGUCUGUGAGGUACAAGGUUGCACUUGGAGUUGCAGAAGCAAUUGCAUAUUUGCACAAUGGGACUGAGAGAUGUGUUGUGCACAGAGAUAUUAAGCCUUCAAACAUACUCCUCUCUUCAAAGAAAAUCCCCAAGGUGUGUGAUUUUGGAUUGGCUACCUGGACUUCCUCACCUUGUGUCCCUUUCCUGUGCAAAACUGUCAAGGGAACAUUUGGUUACUUGGCUCCAGAGUAUUUCCAACAUGGCAAGGUGUCGGAUAAGACUGAUGUAUAUGCUUUCGGGGUGGUCCUGCUGGAGCUAAUUACAGGAAGGAAACCCAUUGAAGCUAGUCGCCCUCCGGGAGAAGAGAAUUUGGUCUCAUGGGCGAAACCCCUGCUGGACAAAGGGAAAGGAGCAAUCGAAGAGUUGCUCGACCCGCGAAUUACUUGUACCUUAAGAAACAGAUCACAAAUAACCCAGACGAUCCAUGCAGCUGCUGCCUGUGUGAGCAGCGAAGAAUCUCGUAGGCCCCGGAUCGACGAGAUCUUAGCCAUACUGAAAGGAGAUGAAGAGCUUGCAGCAGCAGCUACGCUGUUGUCUAGCAGUAGCAGGAAGAGGGCCAACUUGGCAGGAGGAAUUAUAGAUUGCUACCCACCACAGCUCCAGCAGACUAACGACAACAACAGUGAGAUGAAAAGUCAUUUGGCAUUGGCAAUGCUUGGAGUUUCAGAGCUUGAAGACGAAGACCACCUCUACUGUCGGUGAUGUACAAUCCAACAAGAAAGCGUUCAAGACUUACGGCUGACUCAUUUGUUGUUAUUCUCUCUUCCAUUUUUGUUUGCUUCGAAUAAUAGUUUGGGGUUCUUGGUCUUGUUGUUCGGUUGUGGUGGGACUGUGAUUCUUUUUUUGGCUGGUUGCUUCGAGGGAGGGAGUGAGUUGGAGGGAAGGUAACAGUUGAGAAGAAAGAGAUUCGAUAGCAAAAGUGUAAAUAAGAUGGAUAAUAGGCGCAAGUGCGUGUAAAUACUAUUCUUCUUGCCCUUUCGCCUUUCUCAUUAAAUUUUUCUUUGAACAUAACUCAUUUCGCAAAUGGGAGUUGGGAAAAGUGCAUUAUAUUCUUACGGUUUUUUACUUGAAAAGUUACCGGUAGGGUACUUUGUGUUGAAAAAGUGGUUUAAUCGUUUUGUAUUGUUAUAACCCCUCCAUUAAUUUAAAUUUGGACAGAAAGUUUUUUCGAUUGAGCGGUUAGUAUGGUAUGAUUUCACAAACACUGAUUCCCCCCACAAUAUGAAGAUAUUUCCUUAAAAAAAAUUCACAAAAUUGAGCUGUUAACCAAAGACGAAGAAAUUUCUCCGAGGUCUCUUUUACGAACAAGAUGUGUAACUCAAUUUGCAGUAGAACAUACAAAAGAAAAUGAAACAUAUUCUAAUUA